AUGGAUGUGACCAUAAAGUUAUCGAUUGUCUCAAUAGUAUUCAUCGCAAUACUACUCAUAAUAGCGUUAUUAGUCUUACUAUGGAUUUGCGUGAAAAUACCACAACUCGUAUGGAAGUACGGCUUAGCCUACUAUUGUGGCGCCGGUGCCAAGUGGAGGGGUGGGCCCAAUACGUGGGCUGUGAUCACGGGCGCCACCGACGGCAUAGGGUUGGCCUACGCUAAGGCGAUGGCCGACAUGGGCUACAGUCUGGUCCUAAUGAGUCGAAACAGUGAUAAACUGAAUGCCGUUAAGAAUGAUAUCCACAAACAGUACCCAAAUUGUGCCAAAAUUAGGACAAUUGUCGUCGACUUCGGCGCCGACGAUAUAUACGACGACAUCGAGCGCCAGCUCCGAGACUUAGACGACAUACAUGUGCUCGUAAACAAUGUCGGUGUCACCUACCGGUACCCGGAGUUCUUCACCAGAAUCGACAAUCAACGCGAGUUUAUGAGCAGGAUAUUCAAUGUGAACUGUGUGGCUAUGACCCGGCUCAUCGGACUCGUACUGCCGGUAAUGGUGGCCCAGGGGAACGGUAUCGUUAUAAACGUGUGCUCGUUCAGCGCCCUAUUCCCUACGCCCCUACUGGCCCUCUAUUCAGCGUCAAAAGCUUACGGCGAUUACCUGUCCCGGGCUUUAGGGGCCGAGUAUGCGGGGAAAGGGGUUAUCAUACAAAGUGUACUACCUUACUACGUGUCCACCAAUAUGAUCAGGAACCCUAAGAGCACCUGGAUGAUACCUUCCAGUGAUAGGUUUGUGGCCAGUGCCCUGAAAACAGUGGGCAUAGAGUCGCGUACGUACGGCUAUUUGCCCCAUACAGUGGUCGCCUUUUUCCAGGCGUUUGUUUUAAAGUUUUUGGUGGGGAAUGACGUCAAUAUGAAGCUGGCCUUCCGUAAGAUGUAUGCCUUCCGGGAGGCCUAUUGUGCCAAACGAGACAAAUAUGCCAAUCAGGCUAAGAGUGUGGACACUAUUAACACGAUCGCCACCAUUGAUACCGUGGAUACCAUGGAUACUGUGAUUGAUAUUAGGUUAUAG